AUGGCGGGCCUCCCCGGCGCGGUGCCCAGGAUGAUGCGGCCGGCGCCCGGGCAGAGCUACCCCCGCACCGGCUUCCCGCUGGAAGUGUCCACUCCGCUGGGCCAGGGCCGGGUCAACCAGCUCGGCGGGGUCUUCAUCAAUGGGCGCCCCCUGCCCAACCACAUCCGCCACAAGAUCGUGGAGAUGGCCCACCACGGCAUCCGGCCCUGCGUCAUCUCCCGCCAGCUGCGCGUGUCCCAUGGCUGCGUGUCCAAGAUCCUCUGCCGCUACCAGGAGACCGGCUCCAUCCGGCCCGGGGCCAUCGGAGGCAGCAAGCCCAGACAGGUGGCGACCCCGGAUGUGGAGAAGAAGAUUGAGGAGUACAAGCGGGAGAACCCGGGCAUGUUCAGCUGGGAGAUCCGGGACCGGCUGCUGAAGGACGGGCACUGUGACCGCAGCACCGUGCCCUCAGGUUUAGUGAGUUCGAUUAGCCGAGUGCUCAGAAUCAAGUUCGGGAAGAAAGAGGACGACGACGACGGGGACAAGAAGGAAGAGGACGGGGAGAAGAAAGCCAAGCACAGCAUCGACGGCAUCCUGGGCGACAAAGGGAACCGGCUGGACGAGGGCUCCGACGUGGAGUCGGAACCGGACCUCCCCCUGAAGCGCAAGCAGCGCCGCAGCCGGACCACGUUCACGGCCGAGCAGCUGGAGGAGCUGGAGAAGGCCUUCGAGAGGACGCACUACCCCGACAUCUACACCCGCGAGGAGCUGGCGCAGAGGACCAAGCUGACCGAGGCGCGCGUCCAGGUCUGGUUCAGCAACCGCCGUGCGCGUUGGCGUAAGCAGGCAGGAGCCAACCAGCUGGCAGCAUUCAACCACCUUCUGCCCGGGGGCUUUCCGCCCACUGGCAUGCCCACGCUGCCCCCCUACCAGUUGCCGGAUUCCACCUACCCCACCACCACCAUUUCCCAAGAUGGGGGCAGCACCGUGCACCGGCCCCAGCCCCUGCCACCGUCCACCAUGCACCAGGGGGGGCUGGCGGUGGCCGCCGCGGCCGCGGAUACCAGCUCCGCCUACGGAGCCCGCCACAGCUUCUCCAGCUACUCCGACAGUUUCAUGAACGCGGCGGCGCCCUCCAACCACAUGAACCCCGUCAGCAACGGCCUGUCUCCUCAGGUGAUGAGCAUCCUGAACAACCCCAGCGCAGUGCCACCGCAGCCACAGGCCGACUUCUCCAUCUCCCCGCUGCACGGCGGCCUGGACUCCGCCUCCUCCAUCUCUGCCAGCUGCAGCCAGCGGGCGGACUCCAUCAAGGCAGGGGACAGCCUGCCCACCUCCCAGUCCUACUGCCCGCCCACCUACAGCACCACCGGCUACAGCGUGGACCCCGUGGCUGGCUACCAGUACGGCCAGUAUGGCCAGACUGCCGUUGAUUACCUGGCCAAAAACGUGAGCCUCUCCACUCAGCGCCGCAUGAAGCUCGGGGAGCACUCGGCUGUGCUGGGACUCCUGCCCGUAGAGACCGGCCAGGCCUACUAG